AAUAUAAUAUUAUGAUGUCUUUGUGUGACCAUAGACUUAAUAUAUGCUGUCGUAUGUGUGACCGAGCUCAAAAACAUCCAAUUGAAGUUUAGUUUUCAAAAUUCUUAUGUCAAACGUUUUCUGCCAACUGUCGGCACAUAUUUUGGGAAAUUUCCUUUUGUCGAAAUGGUUUAGCAUAAAAUAUGACGGAGACCACGGGUACGAGUAAGGGAGGUAUAUUCGCGCGGCGGCGGACUCGCUUCGCGGACACGUCGCUGUCGGUCACGGAGUUCAACGACAUCCGGCUGGGCCUGCUGGCGGUGCGGCGCGCAAACGGCACGGCGCGCCUGCCGCUUCACGGCCGCGACAUGCAGCAGCGGUACGGCGCGCGCCUGGCUGACGCCGACGUCCCCGUCGUCUGCUUCCACAUCCGCGGCAGCGCGCGCCGCGUCACGCACCUCGACCUCAGCUUCAACGUCAUCACCGACGCCGGCUUCCUCGCGCUACUCGAGCAUCUGCUCGCUCUGCCCGCCUGCUCCGUGACGCACCUCGACGUCGCUAACAACGAGCUGACGGGGGCCUCCCUCGGGCACCUCGUGAAAUACGCCGAAACCAUAGGGCUGAAGCACCUGCGGCUGGCCGGCAACGAGCUCGGCCGCGACGCGGGGGAGCGGCUGGCGCGUUUUCUCGCGGCUAACGACACCGUUACGGCGCUCGACGUCGGCGACACCAGCCUGACGCUCGCGGCGGUGGCAGCGAUAUCGGCCGCGCUACGCACCGACGGCGGCCGCGACGCCUCGCUGCGAGCGCUCGACCUCAGUCGGAUCCUGCCCGCGAGUGGGCGCUACCCCCCGGAGACGAAAUGGCUGGCGUACCACGUGGAGCUGCUCCUGCAGCGGAACGUCACGCUGACGGAGCUUCACCUGAGAAAGAAUGCGCUAUCCGGCCCCGACGUGGAGGCCGUGGUGCGCGGGCUGCGGCACAACGGCGCGCUGCUGCUGCUGGACCUGGCCUCCAACGGCAUCGGCGACCGCGGCGCCGAGCUGCUGGCCGACUACCUGGGGGCCGGCCCGCCGCUGCGCGUACUGAACGUGGCCGGCAACGGGAUUCGCUACCCGGGGGCGCGGGCGCUCAGCCUCGCCCUCCCCUUCUCGAAGGUCCGCGCCCUCGACGUCGGCGACAAUCGAAUGACGGACGACGGGGUCCUGGACGUUCUGACGACCAUAAAGAAACCGUACUACGUGCAAAUUCUGAGGGUGUGGGGGAACGAGGUGGGGCCGAGGUCGUGCACGGUGAUCGAGCGGAUGUUGCGCAGCGGCGUGCUGGCGGCGGGCGCGCUGGACGUGCGGGUGUACGGGGAGGAGGGUGCGUGGCGCGCGGCGCGCUGCGGCCUCGCGCCCGCUGCAGACCGCGCCUGCGGCGGCCUCCUCCACCGCGACGGGCCGGAGUACGGCUGCGCGCAGCCCGUGUACCGCAUUCGCAGAGAGGCGGCAACCGAGACACCCCACAAAAGUUUACUUUAAAUUCCGCUUUGCAAGGCGCUGGGCGUGCGCGUGACGGCGACGGUGUUCACGGCAGCGGCGUCGCAGGCGGUGGCGGCGCGCGCCGGCUUCCAGCUGCUGCACGAGAUCUCGUACGCCGACCUCGCCGACCGCGGCU